CCCUUUCGAUUUACUUGGGAUAACUCGGCUCGUCACUUUUAACUCAACUUCAAAAUGUCUUCUUCCGAAACGGAUAUAUAUGUGGAAGAGGAGGACGAACCGCCACAAUCUUCUGUUCCGGUGCCAGUGAGUCCCAAUCCAAAUCUUCAGGACACUUUCGUUUCUCCCUCGGUGUCGAUCGUCUCGAUGGAUGGCAGCCAGGCAUCAGAAUCCGCAGAUUCAUUCCUUGACUCGCUGCCGGACUGGAUCUAUGGCCUGCGAUCGGUCAGAGCUUCAACCAAUUUAAGACCCCCUCCUUUAAUACCGUCAACACCAUCAACACCGCCUACACCAUUAACACCUUCAACACCAUCACAACCAUCUUCUUCAUCAACGGCCUCACAAGAAUUGCAAACUCCGGAGGAUUCCAGCAUGAACCGUCCUUCUGUGCUGGGUGAGGACAACCCCAGUAUUGACGAGUCCCUAGAUGACACCGUGGUUAUACCUCGCCGGAUCUCCGAACUUAUGCUGAAUCUGCAGAGGACUCAGACAUUGGCCGAGUCCGAUCGGCAACGCUAUCGCCAUCGUCGCCUUCAGGCUCGUGCUAUUGCCCAAGUUCGGGCUGCCCAUCAGGCUCGAAGGAUGCUAGCUGGAUCCUUCACCGAAGCAGAUUUUAGGUCUGCCGAGAGAAUGCCCCCGACUUCUUUUGCGCAAGUUAUGCGGCGUGGGAACAGCAUGAGCGAUUGCAGCCAGUGCAGCAGCGAUGAGGAACAAGGCAAGGUCAAGGGCAAGAAAAGGAAGCCAACGGUUCCACGACAUCUGGCCGAAUGGCUGUAUCCGAUUUAAGUUUUUGUGCUUUCAACGUUGUCGAAUCUUCAGCUAGAUUUCAAAAAUACAAGUGGCUUCCUCCAACCGAA